UCCUUCUUUAGUACUGCUCCUUCUCCUCUUUGCCCAGUAUUUGGCGUGAAAGGCCGCAUGAGUGUUUCAACAUCCUCUGGAGCAAUUUACAGAGCAUCUGACGACCGACUUCUGUACAGGCUGGUCCACAAGCGUGUGGAUUUCGAACUGCUGCUAUCCCACCCACCAGGAAUAGCCCGAGCGUAUGCGGCGACGCGCGUGGUGGGCCGCGUCCACGUUUUGGUUUUGUUUCCUCGAGCGAAGGCAAACAGUGAGCGAGUCUGACGUGGCUGCUGAACGCCGGCUUUGGACGAGAGGAUAUAGGCCAAAGGCUGCCAACACGCUGUGCGUAACCGUCGGCGGCUGGAGACUGGCAGGAAAGUAGGUGGAGGAUCCGUGAUGAGCGAGAGAGCAAGUUCUGGCUGUGGCGAGGGGAAGUCUCCCUGGGCAGACGAGACAAUUCCUUUAUCCCGUCGCUCUUGCUCAAUUCACGCACUUCUCACAACGCCUAUUUUUCUGUUCGAUGCCGCU